AAUGUCUAAUGUACAUUUAUAUUUAUAUAUAGAGACAAAGUAUUAUAAAAAUGGAUGAUUCAUUGAGUAAAAAAAGAAGAAAGAAAAACUUUAAAGAAGUCACUCAAGAUUUGUCCAAUGAUGAGUUAGUUCGGCGUCUCAAGUCAAUUGCACAAGAACUUACAAGCGUGGAACAGGGAGAAUCUUUAACUGAACUUGAAGCGCUAGCAGCUUCUCUUGCAACAAACUUCAUAUUUUAUCACAAGGAUAAAGAUGUGAAAUCUUUAUCUGCAUGUUGUCUUGCAGAUAUUCUUCGAAUAUUCACACCUGAACCUCCUUACAAUGAAGAGCAAUUAAAAGAUAUUUUUCGUUUAUUUCUACAACAGUUUGUUGAGUUAGGAAAUGUGAAAGAAGGACUAAUGUAUCAACGUCAUUUUUAUAUUUUAGAGACAUUGGCAUUAGGCAAUACAUUUGCAGUAUGUAUAGAGCUAGAAGCUAUGGAUAUUAUCCAGAAAUUAUUUGAAACCUUUUUUUCUGUGAUCAGCAACCAUCACAAUGCUAGAGUAAAAUGUUUCAUGUUGGAUAUCAUGUGUCCGUUAAUAUUAGAAGGAGACUCACUUCCACAAGAAAUAUUUGAUUUAAUUUUAACCAGCUUAGUUGAACCUAAUAAGAGUAAAAACUUAGAAGCUUUUAAACUUGCUUCUGAUGUAAUUGACAGAUGCUCUUCAGCCAUCGAACCUUAUAUUCAACUUUUUUUUAAUAACACUUUGGUGCUUGGAUCAUCACCUACAUCUUUAAUCGCGGGAAAGUUAUAUGACCUUUUAUAUGAGUUGUACAAAAUCAACAAAAAUGUUUUGUUAUAUGUUCUUCCACAAUUAAAUUUCAAGCUUCAAGGAUCUGAUGAAUCUGAGCGGUUAGAAGCUGUAAAAUUAUUGCAUAGGUUAUUUGAGUAUGAUGGCAACACUUUGUCUGAAAACAAUAAAACUUUGUGGAACUCUUAUUUAGGAAGAUUCGUUGAUGUUUCUCUUGAUAUUCGUGUGGAGUGUGUUCAGAUGUCAAAACAGUUUCUGCUUUCUCCUGUUGAAAGAUUUGUAGAAGAUAUUACAGAACAGUUACUUCAGAGAAUAUUAGACCCUGAUGAAAAGGUUCGCUCAGAAACAGUUGUUGUCAUUUGUGAAGCUGCUGCAGAAAAUUUUUCUUUAAUAAAAAGCCAGCUUAUAGAAUCUGUGAAAGGACGAACUAGAGACAAAAAGUGGUUAGUACGUAGAGAAGCUAUAACAUCACUUGGAAAGCUGUAUAAAGUUGUUUAUAACAGUAAAAAUGUUAAAUGUCAAAAAGAUUUAGCUUGGAUACCUUCGAUUAUUUUACAUCUUUAUAUUCAAGACAGUAUUGAAGAUAGAUUAUGCAUUGAGAGAGUUUUUCAUGGUUGCUUAAUCCCAGUCUCACUUGACUCAGAGAUUCGAAUGAAAAGACUGCUUGAAGUCUACCUUUCAUUAGAUGAAACAUCUAUUAACAUAUUUGAUAGCAUGUUAAAACAUAGAUCCAGAGUAAAUUUUGAAUUCAGUGCACUCUUAGAAUUAUACAAAAAUGAAAAGGAAGAAAAUAAAGAACAGAAGCUUCAUUUAAAAAUUCUUGCUGUGUCAAGAUGUUUACCAGAUCCUAUUCGUGCACAAGAGAAUUUAAAGAAAUUGCUACAGCUUUGUGCAGAUGAUAAAUUAUACCAACUGUUCAAACUAUGUGUUGAUCCUAGACAAGAAUGUCCUAAAAAAAUGAAAUCAAUUACUGAGAUUCUUAAACUAACUUCUAAAAGUACUAUCAUCGACACUAUAAAAGUUUUGCUUGAUCGUGUCUGUUCUCUAAUUGUCGAUAUGCCUAGUUUUACAAUACUUCUAAGAGAAGUAAAGUUACUUAUUGAUGGCAUUAGCAACGAUGACGAUGCAGAAGAAUCAGAGGAUGCUAUUAUGGAGAAGGGAAAAUUUGGUCUAAAGCUAAUUAAAUGCUUGGCAAGCACUCAUCCUGCUGUUUUCCAAUCGAAACAAUGUUAUGAAUUUCUUCUGUUACUAAUCAAACACAAUGAUUCAACAGUUGUUGAAAUGACAUUAGAUGCGCUGAACUAUGUUAUUGCAGAGUUAGAAGUUGUUGACAAGACACUAUGCUCAUGCUAUCAACCAGUGCUUAGUAAACUUGUAACUAAUGGCACUUCCAAGGAGGCCAAAUUUUCAUUACGUUGUUUACACACUAUGCUAAAUGAUUCAUCUAAUGUAAUGGAGAGGUUAUUCAAGAAUCUUCUUGAAAAGUUAAAUUUUGAUGUUGAUAGUAGCCAAUUACAAGCAAUACUUUCUGCACUUGGUGAAGUUGCGAUUUUGGAACCUAGUGUUUUUGAAAUUAAACAUAAAGUGGUUAUCAGCAACUUUGUUGUAAAACAGCUUCUUAUUGUUGAUAGGGAGGAACCAAGCAACUCUCAAGAAGAUAAUGAAUGGCAUUCUAAUGUUUCUCAAGAAACACUUACCAAGAUCAAAGGAAUUAAACUACUUACUUGUUGGUUACUGGGACUCACACAUAGUCAUAGCAGCCAAGCUAUUCCUGUGUUUAGACUACUUACUGCUAUAUUGUCUAAUGAUGGAGAUUUAACAGGAAAUAAAAAAAUAAGUGCUGCCGAUAGAUCACGUCUACGCUUAGCUGCAGGACUUGCCCUUUUAAAAAUUGUACAAAACUUAAACUAUGUUGAUGUGAUCACACUUCAGCAAUACCAGCAGCUCUCGUAUAUAAUGCAGGAUACAUGUUUUGAAGUUAGAGAAAAGUUUACAAUAAAGCUACAUCAAGCUCUAGAUAAAAUACAGUUACCUCUUGAUUAUUUGGCAUAUUUUUCAUUGGCUGCAACAGAUCCAUCCAAGGAAAGGAGACUUAAGGUCCACCAUAUGAUAUCAAAAAAUGCGCAAACAAGACGUGAAUAUAGUCGUAUGCAUUCUGCAGCAGCAGCUCGUCCUUAUAAUGUUUUACCUGAAUACUGUCUUCCUUAUGUUGUUUAUUUAUUGGCACACCAUCCUGAUUUUAAUCCUACUGAUUUCAAUGAGCUACAAAAAACAAAAAAAUAUCUGUGGUUUUUUUUGGAGCCAAUAAUGGGGUUAAAAGCAGAAAACUACAGCUUUCUUAAAAAGUUAUUAGAAAAUAUCAAACAAACAAAAGAUGUUCAAGAUCCUGAUAAUGACAUUGUUAAUGAGAAAAUAUAUACAGUCUGUGAUCUGGCUAUUAACUGUAUUAUGACAAAAUGCCAUACCUUUACACUUACUGACUUCCCUGGAAAUGUGGUUUUACCUAAAAAGCUUUUUGUUGCAGAUAAAAACCUAAACAAUAUGAAGUUGUAUUUACCAAAAAAUUUUGAAAAAUCUCAAAAGAAACAUCAAGUUGAAACUGUUCCAAAAAGUAUGAAAAUGGAAAGUACUGAUGAAAUGACAACUGAAACUUCUACAGUAAUUUCUACAAAGCGCUCAGCAUUUGAUAGUGGAAUUGAAAACCUUAAACAUAGUAAAAAGUCUCGUUUCAUUUCAAAAGAAAAUAUAAAAUCACCAGUUGAGCUAAGCAGACGAACAAAAAAUGCUAAAAGUAUAGUUCAAAAUUUAGAAAAGAACAAAGCGUUAUCACCUUCUCCUUUGAAGAAGUCUCCAUUAAAAGUUCAAAAAAUAAAUAUUAACACACCAGAUACACCUAACAGUAUUUCCUCUGUCUCUGUCGAUCUCUCAGACACGGAAUUACCAAAAACCAACAUUCGAAAACCUCAGCUUAAGAAAAAACAAUCCAAAUUAGACUCUUUCAUUAAAAAAAAAGAAGAUUUUAUAAAUGAUAAUAUAACAGCUACUAACAAGGCAGAAAAAGAAAAAACAGAAAAUACUAUUGUACAUCAGGAGAAAAUGACAUCUUUUAAAAAUUAUCACUUAAGAAAUUCUCCUCUAAAUGCAUCAAUAGCCAAUAUUCGAAUAGGCGAGAAAAAGGGAUUUGAAACAACAAAUGAUAUAACCAAGGAAGGAGAUGAGCCGUCUCAUUUGUUAAUCAAUAACGAAGAUUCUUCUCAUUCUGCUGAAAAAGUUUCUAAAAACACUAACAAACUAUUGAUCAGAAGAAAACAAAGAACUCGAAAAUAAAACUUAAAAAAGUGUUUUGUAUUUAAGAAGUUCUAUGGUUUUACUUUUGUAAUAUACUUUCUCUCAGUAAUUUUUAUCUUUUCUUUAAUAAAUUUCUAUUUCUUA